AUGGGCACCCAACCGUCGGAUAUCCCCAAUGGCAAGAUCACCGACAAUUCAACCGAUCAUGGUGGUGAUAUAAUGGGCGAAAUGAGCGACAGGGAGCGGAAUCUCUACGAUGAAGGAAUGAAAAAGUUCUCGCGUCUGGGCUGGAAGCGAUUGACAGUGGUCCUGAUUGUGGAAGCCAUUGCACUAGGCACACUGUCUAUCCCCUCCUCCUUCGCCACAUUAGGGAUGGUUGCUGGCAUCAUAUGCACCGUUGGAAUUGGCCUUGUUGCCAUUUACACAAGCUACGUGAUCGGUCAGGUCAAACUUGCAUAUCCGGAGAUUACCAACUACGCUGAUGCCGGCCGCCUGAUGGGGGGACGGGUUGGUUAUGAAAUAGUGAGUGUGAUGCUCGGUCUUCAACUCACCUUUCUUACGGCUUCGCAUUGCUUGACUGGCACAAUUGCCCUGCAAGUGGUCACCCAGAGUACGAUAUGCGCUGUCGUGUUUGGAGUGGUAUGUGCUGUCAUUUUACUCGCAUUAGCUGUCCCACCUAGCUUCACCGAGAUGGCGAUAUUAGGCUAUAUCGAUUUUGGCUCUAUCAUUAUAGCGAUCGGAAUCACUAUUAUCGCUGCCGGUAUCGAGAACAACAACACCGCCACCACCGCCGUACAAAGCGCGGCUUGGUCAGCGUGGCCACCAAAGGGUACGAGUUUCACAGACGCAUUUAUCGCCGUUUCGAAUAUCAUCUUCGCCUACAGCUUUGCAAUUUGCCAAUUCUCGUUUAUGGACGAAAUGCACACUCCGAAGGACUAUGUCAAAUCGAUCUGGGCUUUGGGUAUCACGGAGAUCGUGAUUUAUACCGUGAGCAGUGCGUUGAUUUACUCCUUCAUCGGUGCGGAAGUCAAAGGUCCUGCUAUGCUUUCUAUCAAUGAAACCGUAAGCCGGAUUGCAUUUGGAGUGGCACUGCCUGUCAUCUUCAUCAGCGGCUCUAUCAAUACCGUUGUUGCUGGGCGCGCCGCCGGGUGGGCAACCUGGUUAGGAAUUAUCACAGUAAUCACGAUUAUUGCUUUUGUGAUUGCUGAGGUAAUUCCUUUCUUCGAAGAUCUACUUUCCCUGAUCUCCGCCCUUUUUAUUUCUGGCUUCACAUUCUACAUCCCAGCUUUGAUGUGGCUUAUCUUGAUCCGGAAAGGGAGCUGGACUUCACCCCGUAACUUGGCACUGGGAGCUCUCAACCUAGCAGUCCUGGUGAUAGGCUUGGUAAUCCUGGCGGGUGGAACGUAUGCCAGUAUUCAAGAUAUUCUUGACAAUUAUAAAAAGGGGACAGUCGGAAGCGCCUUUUCCUGUGGAAAACAAUAUUAA